GGGCUCGCCUCGCGCCCUCUUCCCGUCCCGGUUCCGGGAUCUCCAGCAGAGCGCUUCAUCGAAUCGUAAUUUGAGUGAAAGAUGUCUUCAGCGCUUUGCAGCAUUUGCUGCAGGUGGUCUGCAUUGAGAAUCUCUGGUCUGGUUUUUUCUUCAAGCAAAACAAUGAAGGCGAUUCCUGUGGCGUCAUUUACCCUUCAGUCUCGGACUGGCGUACAUACACAUCGACGUUCCCUCGUCCAAAGCCACCGAAGGCUGAGAAAUCCAAACUUCAGCUCUUCGGCAACGGAUUCACCACCAAGCAGAGAAGGUGACACAGUCCACUUCACAGAAAGCAGUCCGUUGCAAUAUACAAAUUACGACCAUGGCAAAGCAGAACUGCCUGGUCUGGAGGAUGAGUUGCAACCUUUCGUUCCAGUAUUCAAUGAUGUCCCAUCGCAAUCUCCAUUUCAAGAUCUAUCUGAAGAAAAAGCUUUGCACAUUGAAGUUAGUCCACUCCUUCCUCCAACCUCUUUCACCCUCCGCGACUACGUUGACCAGUCGGAGACUCUAACGAAGCUGGUGCUCCUGGGUGUAGAUCUGUCUAAACUAGAACGGCGACCCAAUGUGGCCAACAUGCUGUUGCGGCUAGAUUUUGACAGAGAUGUGAAAGAGCGACUUCUGUUCCUGAAAGAUGUGGGAGUCAAAGAGGAUUUUCUUGGAGCGUUCCUGACUCGAAAUCCCUUCGUUCUAACCGAGAACAUAGAGAAUCUGCAGAAGAGAGUACAUUAUCUGCAAUCUCAGAAAUUCAGCAAAGAAGCCAUUUCACGGAUGGUGUCAGCAGCUCCUUACUUGUUGAAUUUCAGUGUGGAAAGACUGGACAACAGACUGGGAUUCUACCAGAAAGAACUGCAGCUAAGUACACAAAAGACACGUGACCUGGUCACUCGACUCCCCAAAUUGUUAACUAACAGCUUGGAGCCAGUGAAAGAAAAUCUUAAAGUGUGUCGGAUUGAAUUGGGCUUUCGUGAUAAUGAAAUCCAGCACAUGGUCACUUGUGUCCCAAAGCUUCUCCUUGCCAGCAAGAGCAAACUGACCAGACUCUUUGAUUACCUGCACAACACGAUGGGCAUUCCUCACCAUCUGAUUACAAAAUUUCCUCAGGUUUUCAAUGCGAAGUUUCUGAGAGUGAAAGACAGACAUCUGUUUCUUGAACAUCUGGGUCGGGCCCAGUACGACCCAUCUCAGCCUAACUACAUUUCACUGGAAAGCCUGGUUGUAUUGCCUGAUGACGUAUUCUGUGUGACGUUGGCCAAAGCCACGUUGCUGGACUUUGAGACUUUUCAAAAGAUGCUCUAAGUUCUUUUGUGUGGUUUCAAAAUACAUCAAUCGACGAGAAAUGCAAGUUUCAUUGCCAUUCAGCCACGGCCGAGUGAAACAGUGUCACUCCAGGGCUAGAGUACAAAUCACAGAACCAACGGUCACACAAAGCACAUAUAAGUUAGCAGUAAACAUACAGACCCACAAAUAAGUAUAUAUAUUUACAUGUCCUGUAAAUUCAGAAUCUGGUUUUAUAUCACCGGCAUGUGAUGAGAAAUUUGUUUAUUUAGUAGCAGCAGUUCAAUGCAAUACAUAAUAUAGAAGAAAAAAAAUAAAAGAAUCUUAUUCAGUAUACUUUAUACAGUAUACAUAUAUUGAAUAGAUUAAAAAUCAUGCAGAAAACCAGAUGGUACAUGGGUGUUACUGGCAAGAGCAAGCAGCUAACAGCUAGUCUGCAGACAAACGUGUAUGCAACCCAUUGUGUCAUUCCACUUAGCGAACACUGGAGGGCAGCAUGGAUGGAGGGUGGGGUUUGUGGGGACGUGUGUUGCUCUGGAUUUCCAACAUCUGCUUAAUCCCGUCUGUUUAUAAUUUUGCCUGUCACACACUUUCUUAUUCUUAACGACACUACUGACACGACUCUUGAGAUUCUUCCAUCCAAUUACACACUAGGAGCAAUUUACAGUGAUUGUUUAAAUGACCAAUUUCCACGUCUUUGGGACAUGGAGAAAUGCAUGGGAUCACAGGAAGAACAUGCGGGCUCCACAGGGACAGCAGUAAGGUCUGGCUACUGGACGAGGCAGCAACUCCACAACUUGUAUCUACCUCCAAGCUGUUUACUUCCAUCCAACUGUACAAAUGCACAACCAAACAAAACAACAUCCCUCUUCACCGUGCUGCUCCCCUAAUGCAUAUAUAACACACAAUGAUACAAAACAUUAUCAUAGAUAAGUUAAUAAAAUAUAAUUUAAAAGGCAUGUAGUAAGUAGUACAGGUAAACAGUGAACAGCUCGCUGUGCUAGUGACGAGGUCUCGGUGGUGACACGGUUUUCAUUAGUCUCACCACCUGGGAAAGAAGCUGUUACCCAGUCUGGCGGGCCUAGACUGAUGCCCCUGUGCCUGCUUCCAGACAGUCAUAGGACAAAGAGAUGGUAGGGAUCCUCAGCAAUGCUUCAGGCCCUUUGUCUACAACACUUCUUGGGAAAUGUCACAGAUAGGGGGGGAGACAGACCCACGUAAACCUCUCAGCACAUUUUACUAUCAACUUCCAGAUUUGCAGUGAGCCUGGCCAUAACGUCAGAUGUGUUUGAUAAUACUUUGGGAAGGAAAAAGUAAAUAUAAUCUGAAAACUUUUCUAGGAUUAUACAUUUUUACUGCAGGUUAGUACAUUGUGGAAGCAAUGUACUCAGUGAAAUUAAUUAAACCUUCCUACAAUUAAUUAUUAAACACUUUCCACAUUUUUGCCAGUUUUAGAAAGAUUCUAUUGCUGAACAAGAAAUGAAUGCACCACAACAUACACACACAUACAUAUUCAGUACGACAUAGGAACUUUCUCCUCCUCCCCUCCCCCUCCCUCUCCGAGACAAAUUGUACACUGUUGAGAGAUGGGACAAGAGAGAACGUCUGGGGUGGGUGGGGUCUUUGAUUAAGCUGCUUUCAAGUUUACUGUAUGGUCGGAUAUAUCUACAACCGAACAAAACAAUGUUCCUCUGCACCACGGUGCACUCACAAAACAUAACAUGCACAGCACAUGAAACAAACUAUUACUAUAAACAAGUUAAUAAACUGUAAUUUAAAAUGCAUGUGAAAUGAGUAGUAGCACAGUUAAACAGUAAACAGCUGACUGUCCUAGUGAUGAGACCUCGGUGGUGGCAAGGUCUUCGUUAGUCUCACAUCCUGAGGGAAGAAGCUGUUCCCCAGUCCCAGUCCUGACACCCCUGUACCUCCUUCCCAACGGUCGUGGGUCAGAGAGAUUGUGGAACCUCAAAGUCUCUUUGCUUGCAACACACCUGGUGAAUGUGACAGAUAGGGAGACGGGAGAGAGACCCCAGUGAUUCUCUCACCAGCUUCCACUAUCAAAUAUGAUAUGAAUGUGUUUUUCUGGUUAAUGUUUGUGUUCUGAGGUCAGAAGUUUUAUUUUUAUUAAUAAAUGACUUUUGAAAUGUU